UGUGGUAGGACGUAGACUGAGUUACUUGUGUGUUUCCCUUUUAAUGUAAUAACCUAUGGGCUAACAGCGCUCGUGCGUACGUAGCUAGCUGUGCUCAGCCAGCAGAGGUAGCAGGCGCUAAGUAGGCUUUGCCAGUCAUUGGUUUUUGCUAUCACACUUUUCACGUGCAUGUACGCGCACAUGAGUGGCAUACCUGGAUAUAAAACGAGCCGCUCGUGUCACUGUGUUUGGGACCGAACUUUAUCAACAUCUAUUACAAAUCAGCCAGUUUAUACUGAAUCUUCGAAGUAAAGUAUAAUUUGCCAUCAUGGUGAACCAGGUUCAGCGAGGGGACGGUAGUUGGCAGUCAUGCAAGAGCGACUCCAGCAACAGCGGCGGGGAGAGCUCCAAGGAGAGCUCCCGGUGUUCCACGCCGGUGCUGGAUGCAGACCGGUCGGACAGACUGCGGGACAAGAUGCGGAGGAGGAUGGAGUCCGGAGACCGCUGGUUCUCGCUGGAAUUCUUUCCUCCCCGCACAGCUAGUGGAGCUGUCAACCUCAUCUCAAGAUUUGACCGUAUGGGCUCCGGAGGGCCGCUGUUCAUCGACAUUACCUGGCACCCAGCAGGGGACCCGGGCUCAGACAAGGAGACCUCAUCCAUGAUGAUUGCCAGUACAGCAGUCAACUAUUGUGGUCUGGAGAGCAUCCUCCACCUGACCUGCUGCAACCAGACCAAAGAGAAGAUUACUGGCCAUCUGGCCAAAGCAAAGCACCUGGGCCUCAAGAACAUCAUGGCACUUAGAGGAGACCCAGUGGGAGCAGACUGGGAGGAAGAGGACGGAGGGUUCAACUAUGCCAUCGACCUUGUUAAACAUAUCCGAUCAGAGUUUGAUGACUACUUUGACAUCUGUGUUGCUGGCUACCCCACAGGCCAUCCUGAGGCAGAGAGCUAUGAGGAGGAUCUCAGACACCUAAAGGAAAAGGUGGAUGCUGGAGCAGACUUUGUUAUCACCCAGCUGUUCUUCAGAGCAGACACUUUCCUCAAGUUUCUGGAUGACUGCAGGGCAAUUGGUAUCACGUGUCCCAUUCUACCUGGAAUCUUCCCAAUUCAGGGUUACCAGUCCCUGCGUCAGCUUGUCAAGUUGUCAAAGCUUGAGGUACCAGAGGAGAUCACCAAAGUCAUUGAGCCCAUCAAAGACAACGAUGCUGCUAUCCGUAACUAUGGAAUUCAACAGGCGGUAGAGAUGUGCCGUGUGCUGCUGGACAGUGGUAAGGUACCAGGCCUCCACUUCUACACACUGAAUCGAGAGGUCGCCACAAUGGAGGUGCUGCGACAGCUGGGCCUGUGGAUAGAAGACCCCAGGCGGCCUCUUCCCUGGGCGGUAAGUGCCCAUCCAAAACGGAAGGUAGAAGAUGUUAGACCGAUCUUCUGGGCUUCCAGGCCCAAGAGCUACAUAUACAGAACCCAGGACUGGGACGAGUUCCCCAACGGCAGAUGGGGAAACUCCUCAUCUCCAGCUUUUGGCGAGUUAAACGACUACUACUUGUUCUACUUGAAGAGCAAGUCAUCCAAAGAUUCGCUGUUGCAGAUGUGGGGUGAAGAGCUGAUGAAUGAGGAGAGUGUCUAUGAGGUCUUCACCUGCUACAUCACAGCCCAACCAAACCACAGUGGACAAAAGGUGAUGUGUUUGCCAUGGAAUGAUGAGCCUUUGGCCCCAGAGACCAACUUGCUGAAGGAUGAGCUGGAGAAGGUGAACAGACGAGGAGUCCUGACCAUCAACUCCCAACCCAACAUCAACGGCAAACCCUCCACAGACCCUAUAGUAGGCUGGGGACCUGCAGGAGGCUACGUCUUUCAGAAGGCCUAUCUAGAGUUCUUCACCUCCAGUGAAAAUGUUACCGCUCUCCUCAAAGUACUGAAAAAGUAUGAGCCUCGUGUCAACUACCACAUUGUUAAUGUGCACGGCCGUAACCUGACCAAUGCCCCUGAUUUGCAACCUAACGCUGUGACAUGGGGUAUCUUCCCUGGCAGGGAGAUUGUUCAACCUACUGUUGUGGACCCAGUCAGCUUUAUGUAUUGGAAGGACGAGGCCUUUGCUUUGUGGAUCGAGCAGUGGGCCAAACUCUAUGAAGACGAGUCUCCUUCACGGAUGAUCAUCAAGUAUAUCCACGACAACUACUUCCUGGUCAAUCUGGUGGACAAUGACUUUCCUCUGGAGAACUGUCUGUGGCAGGUCAUUGAUGAUAUGUUUGAUUUGCUCGAUGCACAUCCAGAGCCACUCAAUGAUGGAGCAGUCUCUGAAUAAAAUCAAUCAUUUCAAACAACUUUUUUAGGGGAAAGACGAACACUAUAACUGUCAAUAUUUUAUGCAUUGUCUAUAAAAGCUGCUAUUUACAAUAUAAACCCUAGAGUAAGAAGUGUACUUCACAGUAUUUUCUAAAGACUUUUUAUAAAUGUAAAUUUUGACCAUCAUGAUCAGCAACUUUAUCCUCUGCAGUUCUCCCAGCUAAUAAACUACACAUGCUCAGACACGUUUGGGGUUGACCCAGUCACCUUUUUUAAGGGGUGACCUUAUGGAUAGAUCUCAGUGAAAAUCAACAAAUGAGAAACAAAACUCUCACUAAGUGAAAUGUGAAUAUGCUAUAUACUUUUUAAAGUGUUUUUCAGUAAAUGUUUUAUUUUCAUAGAAGAAAAUAAAUCAAAUGGUAUAUUUGAAUUUUAACGAUUUUUAAUGAUAUGUAUACUGUUAUGCGUGAAAAUAUAAGCAUAGAGAUUUGAGAUGUGUGGGAGUGAAAGUCCUUUUUAAUCUCAUGUUUGUGCUAAAAAUAUAAAAAUAAGAGUUAGACAAACAGUCAGAUGUGGGAGCUGCUGAUGAGAGAUCGACUGCUGCUUUAACAUGUUUUAAAUGUGUCAUAUUUAUUUGUUCUGCCUGCUUUCUAAAGUUCAUUAAAUAGUUUUUCAGUAUUGUACAACAAGUAAGCUGGUGAGUGUGUGUUACUAAGUGAUGAAUAUGGAGUACAAAGGCCAGGCCAUAGGACAGUACAUGACACUACAGCAGCCAGAUGACAUGGUGGGGAUUUUCCACACAUUGAGUAACUCAACCUAUCAGCAAAUGAAUGUACAAAUCAUCACCAUGCAGAGAAAUGGUGUGAGGUGAUGUAAUUAAGUCCAACCACUACACACACUAAAAGACUUACUUUGACCUGAAGUUUGACCAGAUCACCUACACCAGACAGAUCCCAAAUCCCAGAUGGAAAGGUACCAAAUGGGACACAAAUGGGUCGCAAUUGUGACCUAAUGAAUAUCAAAAUAAACGCAUCUGCAUGGCAGCUUAUUUCAGGGACAAAAACAUUCAAUCUGGUCGAAAUAUGGCUUUUGUUCUGGGAAAAAUAUGAUCACCAGUAAUCACCUCACUUUGGGAUAUAUAUAUGUUUUUGAAACUGCUAAAUGUGAUGCAUUUUUAGUGAGUAAUGUGAGGGAGUGAGUAAACAGAUUUUGAGUUAAUUGGAAGCCACAAUUAUUUCAGCUCUUCACAUAUCUGAGUCAAUACAGUACCGUCUACCUCACUCUAUAAUGCCAGAAUGAUGUUAAUGAAUAAUU